UAUAAUCGUUUUAUUUACCCAUUCCACUCCUUUUAUUUCAAACUAUUAUAUUAUGUCAAAGUCGAGCUAUAAUCAAUCAGAAGUGCUGAUCGUUGGUGCAGGUGUUACUGGUCUCUUUACAGCUUUAUUACUACGACAAACGGGUAUGUCUGUUCGUAUUAUUGAUCAAACUCCAAAAAACCAUUCAAUAUCAAUGAAUUAUCAGACUACAAGUUUACCUACACUUUUAUCAUCUGGUACAAACCAAUAUUCUGAAAGCAGGUUAUUACUACUAUCACCAAGAACUUUACAAUUAUUACAAUCAAUACAACUAUAUGACGCGGUUAUCGAAUAUGGCAUCAAGCAUUGGCAAUUACAAGUCCGGUCUAGUGUGUCAAUGAACGUGCAGCAAUAUGACAUGAAUGCUAUUACACCAAAAAUAUUAAAUGAAUCAUCACUAUCUUCACCAUUAUUACCAUUAUCCUCCUCUAUACCUUCAGAUACCAUCCAAUCUUAUAAUUUAUGGGAGAACAAGACAACAGAUUAUAAUUUUUGUCUUUCCAUUGAAAGAUCACAACUGUGCAACAUUCUCGAAACAGCACUUCUCGACAGAUUUGGAACCAAGGUAGAUUACAAUAUCGCUCUAGUGGAUAUUUAUUAUGCGGAUUGUCUUGGGAAAAUGGUAUUUAUGGAAAAUGAAUUGGAUUCUGAUUUUUACUUCAAUUCGUCACAUCAACAAAUGCAACCUAUUACAAAUGAUACUAUCAAUGGAAUGAUACCAAUUAUCUCAGCUCUUAGGUGCCAACGAGAACAUCAGGACAGGAACCAACUUUGGCAAUCUCAAUACUUGGUGGCAUCUGAUGGCAAAUCAAGUCUUGUGCGACAAAAAUUAGUAGGUCAUACAUCUCAGCAAUCAGAGCAAAAACGGACCAUACAACGUCAACGGUCAACUACUAGUACACUUUGCAGCAAAACAACCAUUGGAAAAGAAAAUGACAAGUAUUAUUAUUCUAUGGUGAUCAAGGCAAAAACGAACUUUCCUGGAUUGAAGCCCAUUUCCAUUGUGAUGAAGUCAGAAGGUACACUUAUCAUUUUAGCUCACAACAAUUACUUCUCAAUGAUGAUUCAUCAAGACAAUCUCAAAAGAAAGGAAGAGGCGCCGAUGACUUUGGGAAAUGCUCAAGCUCUUCUCAAACAACUUUUACUUCCUUAUACUAUUGAUAUAGAAGAUACACUGGAAUAUUGCUUUGGGAAAGAUUCGAGUAUUCCGUCCACACCAAUGGCACCUGACAAACCUAUUAUGGACAACCGCGUUUUUUUACUUGGAAAUGAUUCGCUUCAAAUCCCUUCUGGAUGGAUCUCACCUGACCUUGGAUUUGAACAAGCUAUUAACCUUUGUUGGAAAUUGAAUUUAUGUGCGCAACAUCGAAGUGUACCUCAUUUACUGGAUACUUACAAUGAAGAAGUCAUCAUCAAGAAGAUCAACACAUUCAAGGCCGUUGAUGUAUUGCUACAUUUCUUACGAGACUCAUCGACUCUUACUGCUAGUGGUGGCGUGGCCAAGUUACUUCAAGAUCAUCGUCAUUGCUUUGUUGGUGGAAUGCUUUUAGAAAACAACUUGUUGAAUCUCGGUUGUCCUCAAACAAAAAAAGUACAACGUGGAUCAGUUGGCACUCUGGCUCCUAAUGCAAGACUGAAGCCUUAUGAUUUGAAUCAGCUUUUAACACAACAAACCAACAACUAUACAGCAGCAAAACCAUCCUCUUUGUUGUCAUCAUUGGAUAUCAAUACAAACGUCAAGAACAAUAACAGACGAACAAAAUUGUCUGGAACAUCAUCAAGUAUAGAUGGGAACGAAGAAAAUCGACACAGCAAACUCAAAUUAUUACGGGGAUUAUUUACCUUUUCAAACAACAAGAAGAUACAACAACAGCCAUCAUCUGUAGCCGUUCCCUCGGAUCAAGCAUCAGUAACAACAGCAUCACCAUCGCCAGCAAGCGACAAAUGGAAAGGCAUUCGGGCGAAUCAUUAUCAACUUUGGGAUAAAUUACAGCUUUCUCAAUCCACUUUCUCCGUGUUGGUGCUUUGCGGUUCAUUGCUAGACCGUGAUUCUUUAUUGGCCUUACGAAAACUGAAAAAACAUCUUGAUCAACCAACUUCUUUUAUACGCAUGUACGAAUAUUCACAUCACCAAUUAUAUUAUCCACAAACUCAUUAUCAACAACAACAGGAACAACAGCGACAACAACAACAACAACAACAGCAACAACAACAACAGCGACCUAUGUUUUCAACGUCUACACCUAUUUAUCCAACUAAAUCAGCAAUACCUGAUGUUGACAAUGGUAGUUCCAUACCUCCUCCUCCAUCAUCAUCAGCGUCCAUCCAUCGCUAUCAGUCACCACAACGAUCAGAAUCUUCAUCAUCCUUUUACUCGAUACAAAGUAAUACCAGUAGCAAUGGUGACGAUACUCUACAUCAAUAUCAACAUCAUCGUGACAGUCUAAGUGCCAGCUUGAAAAGUCCACAAUCCUCCACUUUUACUCGCUUUUCAUCCUUCUCCAACUCUGAUCGAUAUUCUAUGGCCACCACUAUCAGUGAUCGUAGCAUCAAUAGUGCGGAUAUCCCACCACUUCCACAGGUACCAACAUGUUUCCUAUCAACAACUAAACCGGAUCAUUCACAGCAAGAAGACGAUCAUCGACAACGGACAUCACUACCCAUGUUUUCUUUUACUUGCUUGACAUCUUCCAGUCGGUCAGAAUGUACAAAGUUUCUUUCUGAACAAACACCUUACUCUCUUCAUCAGUUAUUCCCCUUUGGAUUGAAAAAUGUGUUUUUGGAUCAUGAUCAACAAGCUCAUCAACUUUAUACCAUCAAAACCCGGCAACAACAACAAGUCCCUACUCUGGUGGUCAUUCGACCUGAUGGCUACAUCUGUGCACAGAUACCUUUUCAUCAUGAAAGCCAUUUACAUGACUUGAAUCGCUACUUUGAUCAACUUCUAUUACCCGUGGUGGAUUGGAUGUCGGCUGCGUCUCUUGUCGCUGAUGAUUAUUGUCCUUGAACAUAUGUUUAUUUUAGUUUAGAUAAACACUCAUACCAUAUAUAUAUAUAUAUAUAUAUUAUAAUUAUUAUU